GACUCGCAUUCCACACAGCACAGUCUAGUCUGUCUAAUUGUAAGACUCAAUUACUUUUACUCGCUCCCCAAAUAGUAUUUGAUAGCUUAGUUUAGCUCUUCCAGCUAGUUAGCUCCCAGAAAUUAAACCUUACAAGCCCUCUGAAUUUAAGUGAAGAUUGAACUUGUAGUUGCAUUACUACAGCAUUAAUUGGCCACGGGCUUUCCGCAUUUUUUACUGCGCUUGUUGGAAUGGAUACGAUAAGAGAUUUGGCUUCAAAAAAGGCAGCAGUGAUCUUUACCAAGAGCUCGUGUUGCAUGUGUCACAGCAUCAAGGCGCUCUUCUAUGAACUUGGUGCAAGUCCCGCUGUUCACGAACUUGAUCACGAUGCAAGCGGAAGGGAAAUGGAGAGGGCCUUGCGGAGCUUAGGAUGCAAUCCGGCUGUUCCUGCUGUUUUUAUUGGAGGUGAAUUUGUAGGAUCGGCUAAGGAUGUUAUAUCCCUUCACGUCGAUGGAUCUCUAAAACAAAUGCUCAUUAAUGCCAGGGCUAUUUGGUUCUAACAGUAAACGAUAUCCAUGUUUUCUGUUUCUUGAGAAACAACUAGUACCGUGACUAAAAGCUGUUUAAGGUACUCAGCAUUCUAGUUUUUCUUCUGUCAAGGUUGCCAAACUUUUAAAGA